AUGGACUACAAAUAUGAACGUUCACAAUCAGAUAAUGGCUCCCAAGGUGAUUAUCGAGAGAAAACAUACAAGAACAAUGACCAGACGGAGUCAGGCGGAGAGCUGAGUUGUGCGGCCCAACAGCGCCAAAGGGGUAGGAAGAGGAAGCAUGGAAGCCAGUCCAAACGCUCCCCUCCAUGCGUGGACCUUCCUGGCCCCAGCUCCGCAAGGGCAGACAGAAAGAGAAAGAACUCAAAAGAGUCCAGUUGCACCUCUGUCAUUGACCUCACGGGUCUCAGCUCCUCCAGCGCAGGAGGUAAGAGGAGGGUCCUCAGCAAAUCUAAAAGCCCUCCUUCUGUGGUGGACCUCACGAACUGCAGCUCAGCAGACACGGAGGCAAACCACCCAGCCACAAGUGAGGACAGCUCCAGCUACUCCUUCCCCACCGCACCCAUCUCCAUCACCAGCCCUGAACCCAUCUCCAUCUCCAGCUCCUCCUCAGGCUCCUUCUCCCGCAUCCAGGAGCUGCUGAUGCAGUGCAGCACUGAGACAAGCUUCAGCAGCGGGCCCACAGUUUCCUGCCAGCGCACAGCAUUUCAGGAAAAAUAUGUGGAGGAGCACUGCCUGGGAAGUGGAGGCUUCGGCAGUGUGUGGGCUGGAUACCAGAGGGAGGGAUUGCUGCCGACUCUAGAUGAGAAGGUGCAGAUACUCCCCCAAGAGGUGGCCUUCCUUAAAAUUGUUGGUGGGGGUAACCCAGGCCCCAGUGGCAUAGUUCGGCUUCUGGACUGGUACAAGCUGCCGGAGGAGGUGCUGUUGGUCCUUGAGCGUCCUGUGCCUGCCAAGGACCUGAUGAAGUACCUCCUGGAUAGAGGGAUGCGCCUGGAGGAGGCUGAGGCGAAGGUGAUAAUGAGGCAGCUAGUGAUGGCCAUAGAGGAAAUACACAGAAGGGGCGUCGUACACCGAGACCUGAAGCCGGAAAACAUCCUUAUUCAAUCAGGGUCAGGCCACCCACGGUUACACUUGAUCGAUUUUGGCUGUAGCUCCACGGUGCGAGAGAGGCCCUUCACUAACUUCCGAGGCACCAGCCUGUACACGGCCCCGGAGUGGUUUGUUAAAAACAAGAUGCACGCAGAAUCGUCCACAGUGUGGCAGCUUGGAGUUAUUAUGUAUCAGAUGUUGUGCUUCGCCCAGCCAUUCUCUAGCCCCAUGGACAUUGUUUACAAAAAGCCACCCAUUUUUGCCAGGAUUUCAACAGAGUGCCGGGACCUGCUGCAGCGGUGCCUGGAAAAGAAGCCUGAGGCCAGGCCCACCCUGCAGGAGAUACUGGGGCACCCCUGGCUGCUUUAG